AGUCCACCUAGCCUUCAACAUUAGUUUGGUCCUACGGGCUGAGUUUGCCCAAAUUUAGUGAGAGCGAAUUGGGAAGCGAUGUGUUGUGAGCAAAGCAUAGAGAGAACAUCAGAAGCAAGAAGUGAAAAGUGAAUAACAAACAUUGACUUCAACAAAAACUAAAGUGAGAAGUGAAAAAAAACUGACUUCAACCAGAAGCUAAAGUGAAAGUGCUUAUUGAACAAAAGUGAGUAGAAAGAAGAAGAAAAAUGCCACCAAAACGAACGCCAGUGAAAAAAGCUUCAGCUGACGGUGAUACUACUGCAGCUGAUGAGGAGCUCGAAGCGCUGAUCCACAACCGUGGAAUGGCGCUGCGGAACGUUAAGCGAAUCCAAGCCAACCUUAAGAAAGCGGAAGUUGACAAUACCGAGCUGACAGUAGCUCAAGUGAAGGUUUAUCAACGGAGUGUUGAGAACACGAAUGCUGAGUUCACCCAGCUUCACCAUGAGAUCAUCGCGCAAUCAUCAUCUGCCAAGCGAGAGGAACAAGACAACUACUUCCUCACGUUCGUGGACCUUUACGAAGAAGUGUCUGUGGUACUCGAGAGUUGGCUGGAAAAUCUCGCUAAAUCCCCAACUUUGCAGCCGCAGAAUGCCAUCAACCAGCCAGUUAUCGUCCAGUCUUCCCUCCCGCGUGCCAUACCAACAUUUGAUGGACGGUAUGAGUACUGGGGAAAAUUUAAAGUGAUGUUCAAGGAUGUGGUGGACAGAAGCAACGAGUCAGAUCGCAUCAAGUUAUAUCAUUUGGAGAAAGCGUUAAUUGGAGAUGCAGCCGGUGUGAUAGACGCUAAAACUAUUACCGACGGCAAUUAUGCACGAGCCUGGCAACUGCUGGACGAAAGGUACUCCGAUAACCGACGGAUGAUUGAUCGGCACAUGGCCGGUCUGCUUGGAGUGAAGAAGUUAACAAAUGCAUCAUACAACGAGUUGAGAUCCUUGGUAGAGGCUUUCGAUGGCCAUGUCGAAAACCUCAAGUUUCUGGGCCAGGACUUUACCGAUGUAGCUGAAUAUAUGGUUGUGUACCUGAUCGCACGAUCCCUGGACGACGAAACAAAAAAGUUAUGGGAGUCAACCAUGAAGAAAGGUGAGUUACCCGUAUAUGCUGACACCAUCGAUUUCCUGAAAGAACGCGUGUCGGUUCUGGAAAGGUGCCAAACAUACUGUGAAGAUGGUCUAUCCAAGCAUCGAGCCCCCACCAAACCUAGCAAUCCGAAAUAUCUACCUGCGAAGAUAAACACAGCCACAGCGUCGUCCCCAGCAGACCAACGGUGUGAUUUUUGUACCAACAAUCAUCUCACGUUCAAGUGCCCAGUAUUUAACGAAUUGUCGGUGAGCCAAAGGAUCGCUAAAGUGAAGGAGAGGAACGUCUGCUUUAACUGCCUGAGGCGUGGGCACCGCGUAAGUGAUUGUUCCUCGAAGAAAUCUUGCUCAAAGUGCAACCGGAGACACCACUCAUUGCUACACCUGGAGGAGUCAUUCCCAAACACAAAGGACAUCAUCGAGGUAAAGCAGCAUAACAACCCAUCAGUUCCAGUCAUCCCGCAAGUAUCAGCUCAAGCCCCCGAUCCAGUUUCAUCAUGCAAGCCAUCGACUAGCGGCACGUUCACGAACGCCGUCAAUUCUCAUGUUCCAGUGAGGUCCAGCAAUCAAGUGUUCCUACUCACCGCUGUGAUCAACGUCAUGGAUCAAGAUCUGCAACCAUAUCCGUGUAGAGCGCUUCUGGAUUGCGGUUCGCAAGUGAGCUUCAUCACGCAGUUUUUGGCCAAAGCAAUAGGGAUGCCAACACAAGAGCCUCAAAUCCUCUGAUCCAAAAAUUGCGGCAUUAGCACUUCCCUGGGGGAGAAUGUUCAGUCCGCAAGACGGGCUGAAGUACGGUGAUUGGUCAGAUACAAUCAACCAAUCAGAGCGCAGUAGUCAUCUCGAUUCAACUAUAAAACAGCGCGCUGUUCUGCAAGCGUCAUUCAGUUGUUCAAACGCCACGGACGAAGCAAGCCGAAGCAGCAGACCCGAAAAGGAAUACAGCAACG